ACGAUUUCAGCAGUACAAGGCAAAUACGUACAGUUUAAUCUAACGUGACAACACAUGAAGCAUGAUUAAUUGAUGUUUCAUGUAAGUGACAACUUUUAAAGAUAAUCGUCAUGGUUGGCUGAGAUACUAUGAUUAAACUGACGACGAAAAGGGUUAAUUGAAACAUUGUCAGUAACACCUGCAGCUGAAUGCAAACAUGUAGUCGGUCACAAACCUAAACUCAAAACUUCUACAAAUGACGAUUUUCAGCUCAAAAUGAAGCUAUGUCCUUUAGUUACGCUACUAAUCUCAUGGACGCUGGUUUUCUCCAAAGGCACCGGGCUGAAUUGUCACAUUUGUGACCCUUCGAAGUCAUGGGAUGAAUGCAAUGAGAAAAGCUCACAAUACAAGUGCCCUGAGAAGAUGCAGGUUUGCUACAAAACACACAGCGUGGAAUUUAAUAAUGAUGAAGAAGUUCAUCGAUAUCGAAAAGGCUGUGGCACAGAGGUAUUUUGUACAGGACAGGAAUGCAAAGAAAAAGGUACAUGGUGCGAUGUACAAUGCUGCAAUACUGACGCUUGCAAUGAGUCUACAGUUUGGAAUGCCAACUGCAGGACGUUCAUUGUGCUUGCAUUACUCACUGCCGUCCUACUUCUGUAAUUUUAAUCUUUCCUUGUGGAAUCGCAUAAUUUUUACAAGCUCCAGAGAUUGUACACACAACACAUUGAUCGCCACAGUUCAAAGGGCCUUUUAUAUUGUUCAGCCUGCAUUGGAUUAAUAUGCUGUAAUGAACAUGCUUACACAUGGAGGAGGGCUUCCCCCACACAUAGAUAUAACAAGCUACACGAGUCUCCUGAUUAAAGAACCAAAACAAUAACCGCGACGGAAUUCCAAAAUACUUCUUCAAAGGCUAUACUUUAUCAAUCUGCAAAUGUUAAACAUAAAGUUGGAACGAACUUGGAGAGACUUAAGACAUAUCUCAAAUUGUGUAAAGGAAUAAUUUGCUUCUGUCAUGGUGUUUUUCCCUUAUUUUCUUUUCUGAAUUAAAAUGGAAUUCUCCAUUGUUUUCAGGCAAACAGUUCUUACAUUUAAAAAUAUUUUUUCUGGGAAUUG